AUGUCAAAACAUAUUGUCAUAGUGAUGAACAGAGAGAGGGGGAGAGAGAAUCUCUAUUCUCUAUUUACUUCUGUAUUGUGCGGACAUUGUCGUUGAAAAGAAGUGAAAAUGUGCUCGAGAAAUGUUAAAACCAGCCAGUGAAGCUAUUGUGGUGCACCUAGGGAAAAACUCGGGUAACUACAGCCUUCACCGAAGCCAUUGCAGGUGUAAUUUUUGCUAAGACAGUGGGCGUCGGAGAGAGAGAUAGUUAGAGAGAGGGUGGCAGAGUGUGUGAAACUGGUGCAAUAUUAUUAAUUUGUAGGUGAUGCAUCUGCCAGAUCAAAGCCGCUUCUCGCGAGCCUAUAUUUAGAGCAUGACUCAUGGUCGGCGAUCUCGUUAGAUAGAAGCUGGUUCCUUCAAUGUCCAAAUAUCAGACCACGAAUAGUGAUGCCUUCGCCUUGCCCGCGUACCCACUAAUCCCGAGCGGGGACAUUAGGGAUCAACGCAAGUCGCAAAGUAAUAAGCAACGGGAGCCAUUCGUAUUCUUCAUAAUGCGACUAAAUUUGAAAGCUGUGAUGCUCGUUCUAACCGUGGCCGUGGUGGUGAUAACCCUAGGCGUUUAUAUGCGAUGUGCCGCCUUUUCAUUUUCACCGGACUUUGUGCGUCAGUUUAAUCGGCACCAUGAAAGUCAGACCUCUAGCGCUGCGCAAACCUCAGAUGCCCUGCAAGACAUUGAGUGCUCCAUCAACCAGGAGUACAGUGUUCACUGCAAGCGAGAUGAGAAUGCCAACGAGGUGUACGUGCCCUUCUCGUUCCUGCGAAACUACUUUGAUGUCAGUGGAGCAGUCACAACCAGCGGCACUGAGGUGGCAAAAUUCAAUUGGAUGCACAGCACAGCCAAGGUAAAUCUGCCCAAGGGCAAAUACGAUGCCCGUGGCGUGUUCAUGUACUUUGAGAACUACAAUGUGGAAGUCCGCGAUCGGGUGAAGUGCAUCAGCGCCGCCGAGGGAGUUCCUGUGAGCACACAGUGGGAGAAGCGUGGCUAUUUCUAUCCCACGCAAAUAGCCCAGUUCGCCCUAUCGCAUUAUAGCAAGAAUUUGACAGAGCAGGCGCCCCGAGUGCACGUUCUGGAGGAUGGCGAUGGCUAUCAGAUGGACUGGACAACGCCCAAGACCAGUAACAUGACACGCAUCUGGCAUCAUAAGUUCAAUACCAGCGUGGUUCAGUUCGAGACGGCCAUUGGCUACGAGAGCGCCAUCAGCAUUGGCCUUAACCAGACAUUAGAUUUACUUCUGAGCGUAGAUAUGCUCCUUGUGACCAACAGCAGCAGCCUUAUGGUUACGGUCCAGAACCGAGACACCAAGCACAGCUAUAACCUCCACUAUAUUCCCGCCGAUCUUCUACUCAGCGUUCAGGACUCGAACAUUUAUUAUGGUUUGGGGGCCUCUGCUUUGAACAAAUGGCGCCACAUAACCCGGGAUCUUCACAUUGAUGUUCAGAAGGGCAUCGUCCUAGGGGACAAGCGAUCACCGCUUAAGGUACGGCGCUCCGAUUUGGAAGUUUUGUCUGUCGCCUUCCUGGGCAUUGGUUUCUACGAUAACAUUACCCUGUCCACCAGCGAGCAUAUGGCGCAUUUCUAUGAUGCUGCCGAGUGGUUCGUUCACAAUCAGGACCCCAAGUCCGGUGGCUGGACCAAUCCUGUGCGCCGAAGUCUCAAUGGUUUUGCUGAGCUGAGUCCAGGCUGGAUAUCGGCCAUGGGCCAAGGCCAUGCCAUAUCCGUUUUGGCGCGAGCUUAUUGGCAUUCCGGUGGCGAUGAGCGCUAUCUCAAGGCGGCCGCAGCAGGACUUCAACCAUAUAGGGUAUUCUCGCAGGACGGGGGCGUGCUGUCUCAGUUCAUGGACAAAUUCUAUUGGUACGAGGAGUAUCCCACAACGCCGCCAUCCCUAGUGCUAAACGGUUUCAUCUAUUCGCUGUUAGGUCUCUACGAUCUGAAUAGCACGGCGCCAGCUAAAAUAGCCCGAGAGGCAGGCCAACUGUUUGCCCAAGGCAUGUACUCGCUUAAGAAGAUGCUUUUACUAUACGACACGGGCUCCGGCACCAGCUACGAUCUAAGGCAUCUCAGCCUUGGCGUGGCACCUAAUUUGGCACGAUGGGACUAUCAUGCAACGCAUGUGAACCAGCUGCUACUGCUGGCCACUAUUGACAGCGACCCGUUGAUUGCACAGACCGCAGAGCGCUGGAAGGGCUAUAUGUUUGGCAAGCGGGCCAAGCACAACUGAGAACUAAGGAAACUGGCGACCUAUCGUCGUCGAAAAAGUGAUAUUUUGUAAGGCUUAAACACUAUGCUUAACCAUUCUAAAUGGUUGCAUCUUGUGCCAUGCCCUUUCCACAUCCCCCACACAUCCCGACUCGGAAAUAGUUUCGCCCCUCUCUCGUAUGAUUUUAGACCUCGUCCUUGUGCUUAAUUUUUGAUUUAUGAACUCGUUGUAUUAAGCUAAUGUUUAAUGUUAAGCUAAUGUUGCUGUUGGCCUCGUCUUUAACCAUCUGUUGACCCAUCUUGAUAGCCUAAUUGUUUCCCCGAAAAUAGAUGCACGCGUAAUUCACUGGACAAUAUAAAAAAAUUGAAUUAGAAACUUACACUUAACCUUUGUAGUGGACUGUUGUGGUCAGACUUUUUUACUGCGCAAACUAAGUAGAGAGUUGGUUACACUCCUCCCCAUGUAUAAAGUAAUGUGUAGAGAGCUUAGCGCUAUAGUCGUAGAUUGAAUAGAUCCCAUAUUAACGUAGAUAGUAUCACUUGGAUGCAUAUUCGGUAACAGCCACAUCUAUUUCUCCUCACCUGAAGGGGUAAUUUUAGUAUUCCAAGGCGAAUACUUACAACUCGAUGAUGUUGAACUUAAAUGCACGAUACGAUAAUAACAAUUUCUAUAUGGUAAGCAUGUAAGGUAAUGUAGCGUAGGCCACUUGAGGAUAUUUUCACACUUAUCUCGACUUAAACGAUGCCAUUCCAUGAUUAAUUUUAAUUUUAAAAUAGAUAUGCCAACUAAUCCGUCAGGCAGUAAAGGUAUAUCCGUCGAAACAGUCCAGCUUGGACCACUAUAUCAUCAUAUACCUGUAGCUGACAUAGGAUUGAUCGACUUGCUAGGGCAUCUAUCUUUCUUAGUGGUUACACCAAAGUUGUCACCAUCGCCGAGCAGCUGUCAGUUAAGCAGAGCUCUUCGUACUAACUCAUGCCAUCUAUGUAUCAGUUUUCCGUUGCAUACUAAUAAACCAGAACACGAGACUGUUAACAAAAACUA